AGUACUGUGUAGUCAGCAGCAACCUCGUGGUGUUGUGGAAAUUUGUGUGUGAUAUUCUCCAGGUUAUGUUCGUAACAACUAAAUACCUGAGUUGUUAGUGCUUGUUUUUGGCCUGACCGUUAAAAUCGCUACGUGUAUCUUCGUAAAAGAAACGGCUGAGUGUGUGACGUGCUGUCAGGAGCAGUUUGUCUACGAAGUAAUCUCCUCAUAUACUUCGUGGCUAACGAGAAAAGGCUGACAGUGAAAUUCAAAGGUUGCCCAUACUGUAGAACUGAGGCGAUGGACCAGGAGCCAACUAAGUGGAUAAAAAAAGAUGAAACUGAUGAAGUACAAACUGAGUUACACUUCAUAGGCCAAGAUUAUCCAUGCAGCUUGAAUGUAAAAGAAGAGUUGGAGGAGGGUGUGAAUAAAGAGUUUCUUGAAGACCCAUUAAAGGCUGGCGACCCUAGUGUUUGCGUAAAGCAAGACCCUGAACUGAAACGCCAUGCUUCUGGAUCUGAGCAUAAUUCUGUUGAAGAUCCAUUGGGAAUAUCUUUGUCCACUGAUUUUAUCAAGGAGGAUUCUGAAUUAAAUAUAACUGAGAAUACUGUGGAAACCUCAAUAAGAUGUGCAUCUGAUAGUGCAAGAUUUCCUCAGACUACUGGUGGGAGGUGCAGCAUAUCAUGUGAAGAACCUUGUCACCAUAGACUGGUCCAGGAUGAGUUGGUGAUAGACAUGGAGAAGUCAACACAUGGGUUCAGUACCAAUACAGAAGAUAUGACUGUUGAUAAGGAAUGCUCAGUUGCCACCCAAUAUGACUGUAGUACGAGGGAAAAGGAAUUACAUGUAUAUAGCUGUAAUUUCUGCCAACAGAGCUUUUCUUCAAAAUACAGACUCAUAAUGCAUGUGUUUAUGCACAUUGGUGGAACGCAACCACCUUCGUAUGUUUGUAAGUGGUGUGGUGAGGUAUUUCACAGUAAUGUUGGCUUGAAAAAGCAUAUGAGAAUGAGUGAGAAAUGUCGAGUUUUAACUGCAGACAGUCAUGAAAAAUAUGGACAUGGUGAUGAGCAUCAAACCACUACCUCGUUGGAUAGCGAGGCAGAAGUUUCUGUCACAGAACACAAUGACCAGUCUUCAUGUAAGGAAACUUGGAAACAUUCAAACAAGCCCUCUAAUGACAUAUGUAACACACAUAUGACAAAUGAUAGAGAGAAAACAAGUAAUUAUGGAACUUUGUCUAUAGCUGUUAAUGUCAGUGCCCAGGCUGAUCUACUUACGGCAAACAGAACUCACAGAUGUGGCAUUUGUGGCAAAUUUUUUGCUAGGGUUGGUGUUCUCAACAGACAUGUUUCCAUUCAUACUGGGAAAAGACUUCACAAAUGUGAUAUUUGUGACAAAUGGUUUGCCCAGUCACGUUAUCUAAAGGCUCACACAUUAAUUCACACUGGAAAGAAACCUCACAAAUGUGAGAUUUGUGGGAAAUCUUUUACUAGGUUAGGUGAUCUCAAGCAACACUCAUUAAUUCACACUGGAAAGAAACCUCACAAAUGUGAGAUUUGUGGGAAAUCUUUUGCUGCGUCAGGCUAUCUCAAGAAACAUUCAUUAAUUCACACUGGAAAGAAACCUCACAAAUGUGAGAUUUGUGGGAAAUCUUUUGCUGCGUCAAGCUCUCUCAAGCAACACUUAUUAAUUCACACUGGAAAGAAACCUCACAAAUGUGAGAUUUGUGGGAAAUAUUUUACUAUAUUAGGCAAUCUUAAGAAACAUUUAUUACUUCACACUGGAAAGAAACCUCACAAAUGUGAGAUGUGUGGGAAAUCUUGUACUAUGUUAGGUGAUCUCAAGCAACACACAUUAAUUCACACUGGAAAGAAACCUCACAAAUGUGAGAUUUGUGGGAAAUGUUUUGCUGCGUCAGGCUCUCUCAAGCAACAUUUAUUAAUUCACACUGGAAAGAAACCACACAAAUGUGAGAUUUGUGGGAAAUCUUUUGCUGCGUCAGGCUCUCUCAGGCAACACAUAUUAAUUCACACUGGAAAGAAUCCUCACAAAUGUGAGAUUUGUGGGAAAUAUUUUACUAUAUUAGGCAAUCUUAAGAAACAUCUAUUACUUCACACUGGAAAGAAACCUCACAAAUGUGAGAUUUGUGGGAAAUCUUUUACUAUGUUAGGUGAUCUCAAGAAACACGCAUUAAUUCACACUGGAAAGAAACUUCACAAAUUUGAAAUCUGUGGGGAAUCUUUUGCUACAUCAGGUGAUCUCAAGACACAUGCAUUUCAACACACUGGAAGUGGACCUCAAAAAUGUGGUAUCUGUGACAAAAGUUUCACUUACUUGGAUACUCUCAAGACACAUGCAUUACUUCACGUCAGAAAGAAAUUGUAAGUAUGUGUUAGUUUAUGCAAAUAGGUUUUCAUGGUUGGUGCCCUCAAGGCCUAUAAAAUAAUGUAUGUACCAGGGGACAAUAAAUUGUACUUUCGGCGAAAUAACUUUUAAAUCUGGUAGAAUUGUGAAAAAACUUGUAAUGAUGUGUACUAUAGAGUGCUAACAGAUGUGACAAAAAAUUCAUAUCUGUAACUUCAAAUGUCAAAUCGUAUUACCAAAUACUCAAGAAACAUGAAUCAAAUGUGUUUUUGUCAUUAGCACUGCUGCUUGUUCCUAUUGAUCUUGCGACAAGAAGAUUGUGAAUUGUGAUAAAUCCUUACAUUUGUCAGUAAUCAUAAGUAUCUUGCAAUAUUCAGUAUAAGGCCAAGGAAAUGUGAUGACUUGCUGCUUGAUAUUCCAAACAAAGUCAUCAUGUUGUACUUGUAACUCUGUAUUUUAGAAACAGUGACAGGUGGGACAUAGAGGAGGGGUAUAAUUUUUUUUUGUGCAAGAUGUGGUCAAUAAGAACUGGAUUGUAGCAAUUGGCUGUGGCAAUAAAUUUUAUU